AUGUUACCCCAAAAUACCUAAAAUUGGAAUAACUUUUUCCUUACAAAGAAGAAAAAAUUAGGAGGCAAAGACAACUCGUGCAAUGAUGAGAGAUAAAAUAAUAUUAAUAACUAAACUUAAAAUAAAACAUAAGAAAUUUCAGAAGGUUAAGAUUGGAAUGGUGAAUGCUUUUAUGUUGAGGUUAAUUAAAUAUCCAUUCCAAUUCCUUCAUUUGUUAGCCUCGCAACAAAAAUUAAACUCAUACAAACCAUUUAAGAUAUUUAAUAACAAGUAGAUAAUUAUCUAAAUAUACCUUCUUUGAAAUAAUAAAUUUUAGAUAAGAUACACAAAGAUUUUGUGAAUAAGAAUUCUGAACUAUUAAAAAAAAUCAACGAUGCAAACACAAAAAUAGCUGAUGAAUUUAGAAAAUUUGUUAAUGAUAUAUUUAAUACAAAUAGUAAAUAGAGCAAUUAGAUCUUUAAUGACAUACAAUAAUAAAUGAAAAACAAGGAAACUAAAAAAAAACCAAAUAAUAAUAAAAAUUACUUGUUUAGUAAUGAGGACUACAUGUAUGAUUAAAAAUUUAUAGAAGAAACAUUAAAUAGCAUUCAUAAAUUUGGAGUUAAUAGAUGCAAUAUCUAGAAAAAUGAUAACUAAACAAUAAUGUCUGAAACUAUAAGCAUUAACUUCUAAGAAAAAAAAACUUUGAAAACUAUCACAUACUCAAUUUUGCAUCAUAAUCUUUGCAAAUAAGAUUAAAAUCGGGCUAAAAAGUUUAUCUACAAAGUUUUAUCUCAUAUCAACCCAAAAAAAAAAGGUUUUGAAUAGCAAAAUUAUAUUCUCAGAUAAAUAUACCUACUUUUCUUGUAAACAAUAAUAAUCAAAUCUAAUAAUAGUAACUAAACUGCUCAAUUUUUAGAGAGUGUCUUUAAAUCUGAGUUCCUGUCUUCUUUACUAUGUGAUCAUCUUUUAUUUUCUGCCAAAAAGAUUCUGAAAAUGAAAAAUCAAACUAAUUAAAACUAGGAUCUUAAUGAUUAACUUUCAAAAGCAUAUGAUUUUAAUUUAUAUUUACUGAGCAAGAAAUAGGCUGAUUCUAAAAAAUAUUUGCAUGCUAAGCAUAAAUCCCGUGAAAUAUUUAUCUAUUUUGAGCAAUCUUUAUAAUAAAAUGAAAACUAGCCAGUUUAUUACAUCAUUAAUCCUAGUGAUUCAUUUAUUUGUUUCGCAGAGAGUUCUUUUUGA